AGCAAAGCGUCUCGGAGGUGCCGUCAGAGUCGCAGAGAGCCCCAGAACCGGUGUAGGACGUCGAGUAGCCCGUGUACGUAGCGUAGCGAACACGUCGUCUGCGCCAUGUCUGCCGCAGAGCUCAAGUCGCUAGUCAAAGCCCUGCACGGCGCCUCGACCGAUGAGGAAGUCGUCGGUGUCCUCAAGACGCUCAAGCAGGAGGCGAAGAUCACAGAGGCCGUUCUCAGGGAAAGCAAAGCCGGUCUCGCUGUUGGCAAGCUUCGCUCGCAUGCCUCUAAGGACGUAGCGGAUCUCGCCAAAGAAAUCGUUAAGAAAUGGAAAACCGAGGUGGAAAAGGAGAAGCAAGCCAAAGGCGGCGACUCCAAGUCGUCUGCGAAUGGCAAGCCUGUACCGCCGUCACGAAAGGCGUCCACUGCGUCCACAACAGCUUCCUCCGCCCGCUCUGCCCCUUCGCGAACACCCUCAACGCCCAUGACGCCAACAGCGUCCUUCAGCGGCAAGGGUGAGGUGCGCACUGCCAAGAGCGACGGCGUCAAAAUCGACGUGUCGGGCGAUAAGACGCGGGUCAAGUGCGUUGAAAUUAUCUACGAUGCCCUGCCUCCGACUCGGGUGCCCGUGCGUCCUUCAAUUUGUUAUCCGUCAUCCCGUGUCCUUAUCUCGACGCCAGCGAGUGAACUCAUUCUGUCAAGGGCGAAGGCAAUCGAGGCGAACGUGCUUGCAGAGUUUGGUGGCACGACCGCGACAUAUAAGAGCAAGCUUCGAUCGUUCUUCGUCAAUCUGAAGGACAGAAACAACCCGACCUUGCGCGAGAGCGUCGUCAGUGGCGAUCUUCCUGUACAGCGAUUUUGCAAGAUGACGAGCCAGGACAUGGCUUCGGAGGAACGAAAGGCGGCGGACAGCAAGAUCAAGGAGGAGAACCUGUUCAAGGCACUCGGUGCCGAGGAAGUGCAGGCCGAAACAGAUGCGUUCCAGUGUGGUCGAUGCAAGCAGAGGAAAUGUCGCUAUCGUCAAGCACAAACGCGCAGUGCUGAUGAACCGAUGACUACCUUUGUAACGUGCGCACUUGUUUUUGCAUGCAAUUCAGAUCGCGACCACUAACUGUUGUCUUCCCAUCAGCUGUACUGUCUGUAAUAAUAGGUAUGAGUUCGAUCUAUCAUGUCGUACGUCUCUUCUGACACGUCCACACUUCAGGUGGAAGUUCUCGUAGAAGCCGCUUACAAUAUCCCGAGCCUAAUGCCGUCGCAAUGUUACCCAUGCCGAUGUUUAUACUGGUGUAUUAUUGUCCCUGCUAUCCGGCGAUCACGCCCAUUUGUCUGCCGCUGCCGUUCCGGCGGAGAACCUUGCCUUGCUAGACUUCGUUACCGUUUUGAUUAGUACUGCUUUCCCGUGUAUGUAUCUUGUAGGCUGUUCACAGGCAUGUCAAGUAUAUCAGACUGGCUGCCAUUCACAA